CGCUCGCGGCUUCACGCUCUCUCCGCCCGCCCUCCCGCUCCCUUGCUUGCUCGCGCUCUCCUCGCAGAUCGAAGAGACUCUGGCUACAGCUUGUAGCUGGGAAGGGAGACGGAGGCCCGCGGCUCAGGGAAAGUGAAGCUGCAGUAGUGGUAGUAGCAAGAUGUCGGGUGAAGACGAGCAACAGGAGCAAACUAUCGCCGAGGACCUGGUCGUGACCAAGUAUAAGAUGGGGGGCGACAUCGCCAACCGGGUACUUCGAACUUUGGUGGAAGCUUCUAGCUCAGGUGUGUCGGUACUGAGCCUAUGUGAGAAAGGGGAUGCCAUGAUAAUGGAAGAAACAGGGAAAAUCUUCAAGAAAGAAAAGGAAAUGAAGAAAGGUGUUGCUUUCCCUACCAGCAUUUCGGUAAAUAACUGUGUAUGUCACUUCUCCCCUCUGAAGAGUGACCAGGACUAUAUACUCAAGGAAGGUGACUUGGUAAAAAUAGACCUGGGGGUCCAUGUGGAUGGUUUCAUCGCUAACGUGGCUCACACUUUUGUGACUGGUGUAGCUCAGGGGACCCAGGUAACAGGGCGGAAAGCAGACGUCAUUAAGGCGGCUCACCUUUGUGCCGAAGCUGCCUUACGACUGGUCAAACCUGGAAACCAGAACACACAAGUGACGGAGGCCUGGAACAAAGUUGCUCACUCAUUCAAUUGCACGCCAAUAGAAGGCAUGCUGUCACACCAGUUGAAGCAGCACGUGAUCGACGGGGAGAAAACUAUUAUCCAGAACCCCACAGACCAGCAGAAGAAGGACCAUGAAAAGGCAGAAUUUGAGGUACAUGAAGUUUAUGCUGUGGAUGUCCUCGUCAGCUCAGGAGAAGGCAAGGCCAAAGAUGCAGGACAGAGAACCACCAUUUACAAACGAGACCCCUCUAAACAAUAUGGCCUGAAAAUGAAAACUUCGCGUGCCUUUUUCAGUGAGGUGGAGAGGCGCUUUGAUGCCAUGCCCUUUACUUUAAGAGCUUUUGAAGAUGAGAAGAAGGCGCGAAUGGGUGUGGUGGAGUGUGCCAAGCAUGAGCUGCUACAGCCAUUUAAUGUUCUCUAUGAGAAGGAGGGCGAGUUUGUUGCCCAGUUUAAAUUUACAGUUCUGCUCAUGCCCAACGGCCCCAUGCGGAUAACCAGUGGUCCUUUUGAGCCUGAGCUCUACAAGUCUGCGAUGGAAGUCCAGGACGCAGAGCUGAAGGCUCUUCUCCAGAGUUCUGCAAGUCGAAAAACCCAGAAAAAGAAGAAAAAGAAGGUGUGUGGUGAUCUUGAUGGUGGUGGAGCCUGA